AUGGAGAAGUUGGGAGAGAUAGAGAUGAGAGAAAUGUUAUGUAGGUGUGAUUUGCACAGCAUCCGACCUGAAGAGCCUGUCAGCAGUCUGGUUAGUCCUGUGCCAGCUCCCCGCACUUGCCCUGAAGUGCAUGUCACCAGUCCGGUGCCAUCUGUGCCGGCUCCACGCACCAGGCCUCCAGUGCGUCUCCCCAGCCCGGUACAGCCGGUGCCAGCUCCCCACCCCCGCCCUGAAGUGCGUGUCACCAGUCCGGUGCCACCUGUGCUGGCUCCACGCACCAGGCCUCCAGUGCGCCUCCCCAGUCCCGCUCCUAGGCCGGAGCCUUCCUCUGUGCCGGUGCCCAGUCCAGGCACGGCGUCUAGUCCAGCUCACAGCCCGGAUCCUUCCUCUGCGCCGAUGCCCAGUCCAGCCUCAGCAACCUCACCAGCCUCAGCAACCUCCCCAGCCUCAGCAACCUCACCAGCCUCAGCAACCACCUCAGCCUCAGCAACCUCCCCAGCCUCAGCAACCUCCCCAGACUCAGCAACCUCCCCAGCCUCAGCAAUCCUCCCAGACUCAGCAACCCCUCAGCCUCAGCAACCCCCCAGCCUCAGCAACCUCCCCAGCCUCAGCAACCACCCCAGACUCAGCAACCACCCCAGCCUCAGCAACCUCACCAGCCUCAGCAACCUCCCCAGCCUCAGCAACCUCCUCAGCCUCACAACCUCACCAGCCUCAGCAACCACCCCAGCCUCAGCAACCUCCGCAGCCUCAGCAACCCCCCAGCCUCAGCAACCUCCCCAGCCUCAGCAACCACCUCACUCAGCAACCUCCCCAGCCUCAGCAACCACCCCAGCCUCAGCAACCCCCAGCCUCAGCAAGCACCCCAGCCUCAGCAACCUCCCCAGCCUCAGCAACCUCUGCAACCUCCCCAGCCUCUGCAACCUCCCCAGCCUCAGCAACCUCCCCAGCCUCAGCAACCUCCUCAGCCUCACCAGUCUCCGCAAUCUCCCCAGCCUCUGCAACCUCCCCAGCCUCAGCAACCUCCCCAGCCUCAGCAACCUCCUCAGCCUCACCAGUCUCAGCAACCUCCCCAGCCUCUGCAACCUCCCCAGGCUCUGCAACCUCCCCAGCCUCAGCAACCUCCUCAACCUCCCCAGCCUCAGCAACCACCUCAGCCUCAGCAACCACCUCAGCCUCAGCAACCUCCCCAGCCUCAGCAACCUCCCCAGCCUCAGCAACCUCCUCAACCUCCCCAGCCUCACAACCACCUCAGCCUCAGCAACCUCCUCCAGCCUCAGCAACCUCCCCAGCCUCAGCAACCUCCCCAGCCUCUGCAACCUCCCAGCCUCAGCACCUCCCCAGCCUCAGCAACCACCUCAGCCUCAGCAACCUCCCCAGCCUCAACUCAGCAACCUCACCAGCCUCACCAGUCUCAGCAACCUCCCCAGCCUCAGUAACCUCACCAGCCUCACCAGUCUCAGCAACCUCCCCAGCCUCAGUAACCUCACCAGCCUCACCAGUCUCAGCAAUCUCCCCAGCCUCAGUAACCUCACCAGCCUCACCAGUCUCAGCAACCUCCCCAGCCUCAGUAACCUCACCAGCCUCACCAGUCUCAGCAACCUCAGCAGCCUUCACGUUAUUUCCCCAUUUUAA